AUGGCGGACCCUGAGGGCGAGGCCGAGGGCCUUCGGGGUCCGCCUCAGCCCCCGCCUCAGCCCCCCGGCCCCCCCCUGGACCGCGGGGACGGGGCGGCGGCGUCGGCGUCGGGGGCCCUCCCGGUCCCGCUGGCCAACGGGCGCGCCCCGACGAGCCCCGACGACGACGCCGACGACGACGAGGACGACAACGAGGACGAGGCGGCGACGCGGGCGGAGCUGCUGCGGGCGGCCCCGGGCGGGGGCGGGGGCGGGCCCGGUCCCGGGCCCCGGACGGCGCUGUCGGGCCGGCGCUUCGCCGUCCUGCUCAUCUUCAGCCUGUACUCGCUGGUGAACGCCUUCCAGUGGAUCCAGUACAGCAUCAUCAGCAACGUGUUCGAGGGCUUCUACGGCGUCCCGUCGCAGGCCAUCGACUGGCUGUCCAUGGCGUACAUGGUGGCCUACGUGGCCCUCAUCGUGCCGGCCACCUGGCUGCUGGACGCGCGGGGCCUGCGGCUCACCGCCCUGCUGGGCUCCGGCCUCAACUGCCUCGGGGCCUGGCUCAAGUGCGGCAGCGUGCGGCCCGACCUGUUCUGGCUCACCGCGCUGGCCCAGUGCCUCUGCUCCGUGGCCCAGGUCUUCAUCCUGGGGCUGCCCUCCCGCCUGGCCGCCGUCUGGUUCGGGCCCGGGGAGGUGGCCACCGCCUGUGCCACCGCCGUGCUGGGAAACCAGCUUGGCACUGCAGUUGGCUUCUUGUUACCUCCAGUUUUAGUGCCCAACACAGUGGAUGUCAUUGAUCAAAGGGGAGUCAAUAUCAGCAUCAUGUUCUAUGGAACAGCAGUUGUAGCCACACUUUUAUUCGUAUUAACAGUAUUUGUAUUCAAAGAAAAACCUCAGUAUCCUCCCAGUGAGGCGCAAGCAGUUUUGGCGAAUACCCCCAUUGAAGAUUACUCCUAUAAGCAAUCAAUCAUAAAUCUAUGUAAAAAUAUUCCAUUUGUGCUGCUGCUCAUCACUUAUGGUAUAAUGACUGGGGCAUUUUAUUCAGUCUCAACAUUAUUAAAUCAAAUGAUACUACAUUAUUUUCAGGGAGAAGAAGUGAAUGCUGGACGGAUUGGGCUGACCCUUGUUGUAGCAGGAAUGGUGGGUUCCAUUCUCUGUGGUCUGUGGCUGGAUUACACCAAAACAUACAAGCAGACAACUUUAAUAGUGUAUAUAUUAUCCUUUAUUGGAAUGUUGAUAUUUACCUUCACCUUGGACUUGGGACACCUUAUCAUUGUGUUUAUUACCGGAGGAGUGCUUGGAUUCUUUAUGACUGGCUACCUCCCACUUGGCUUUGAAUUUGCUGUUGAAAUUACCUAUCCUGAAUCAGAGGGCACAUCAUCAGGUCUUCUUAAUGCUGCUGCACAGAUAUUUGGAAUCCUUUUUACUUUGGCUCAAGGAAAGCUCAUACAAGUGUAUGGCCCCAGGGAAGGAAACAUUUUUCUCUGUGCGUGGAUGUUUUUAGGCAUCAUUUUAACAGGUUUAAUCAAAUCAGAUCUGAGACGGCACAAUAUAAAUUCAGGAAUUGCAAACCCAGAGGUUAAAGCUGUGCCAGUUGACAGCCCUACAGAAGAAGAACCAAAAGUAAUCGCGUUGUCCAAGCAGUCAGAAUCUGCCAUUUGAAGCCAGUGGAAAAAUUCUGAGAAGCAAACAUGCACAAAUUUCAUAUAACACUGAGCAGGUUGGAAGCACAGGAAUUAUGUCUGUUUAUAUCUAUAUAUAUAUGUAUAGAUAUUCUGCAUAAUAUAGAGUAUGAGCAAAAAAGAUGGUUUAGGUAUUGGUGAGGCAAGAUUUAUUGAAAGUUACUAUAUGAACUCUAAUUGCACAAUUAUUUACAUAAAAUAUAAUACUAUGUUUUCAUGCUGUAUUCAACUCCAUUUUUCUAUUCAUUCAGUGGUAUUUAUUGAAUGCUUGCAAAGCAGUAUACUAGGUGCACAGGAGCAUACAACAAACGUUCCCUGCCUUCAAGGAGUUUAUAAUCUAAUGGGGGAAGAUAAAAAUUAUUUACAAAUAAAAGGAGCAAGGGAAAGAACAAGGAUAAGAACAGGUAGUAAUACAAAUGCUAGAAUGAAUGAAUUGAAUCAAUAGUUGAAAAUACAUAGAUAUAGAUGUUCAUAGGAACUGAGGAUGGAAUAAAGUAUAGAAGUGUAAAAGGUCCUUAUUGGGUUGUUGUUUUCAAAGUCUUAUUAUAGCUUGUUCUGGCUGAAAGCAAAUGGAAAAUCUGCUGGUUCUCAGUACCUAGUGAAACAGAUAUCUUGCACUGGACAAUCACCAAUUUUAAAAAAAAGUUGAAUAGAGAUGGUCCUGCAUUUUUAUAACAAUAAUGAUAAUUAUGGCAUUUAUUAAGCAGUACAUGCUAAGCGCUGCAGUAGAUACAAGGUUAUGAGAUCGGGCACAAUCGCUGUCCCAUGUCAGGUCUCCCAAUCUGUCUUAAUCCAGUUUUACAGAUGAGGAAAAUGAGGCCCAGAGAGUUUGUGACUUGACCAAGGCCUGGGACUAGGCAAGUAGUUGAGCUGGGAUUAGAAUUUGGACGUCCUGACAUCCAGUCCCAGGCUCUAAUUAUGUCUUCAAGACCCUGUGUUAUCCUUACACCAGGUUGAGUGAAUGGACAAACACCAGGAGAAGGAAUUACUAAUCCCUGUAGGUCAGGAAAGCAAAUGUAAUAGUUGAGCAUGCAGGAACAAACUAAUGCUUGGUUCAGUCAGAGCUAUCAAUUCUCCUUCAUCUUUGGGUUCCCCAGCUUCCUAAGGCCAUGUUCCUUUCUUCCCACUUGAUACAAAGGGGUCUUAUAACACUCAUUAUUACUAUUUAUUGAACUUGAGCACCUACGUGCAGAGCACUGAGCUGAUGAUGGUAUUUGCUAAGCACUUGCUGUGUGCCAAGCAGUGGAACGUUUCCAGUACUUCACCAAUUACAGAAGGGAGAGUCAAGCAGGGGCAUAUCCAUUGCAUUCCUAGCUUGGGCAGUGACUAACGAGUGGCAGGUAAUCUGCCGCAAAUCAAAACUCACCCGUGCUGGGCAGCAGCGGCAUGGGGAGAGUGUCGAGGGCGGAGACUCAAGUUUACUGGAAGGAGGCAGUGAUAAACUGCUGCUAUAUUUUUUACCAAGAAAACCAUCUGGGUACACUGCCAGAAUGAUUGCAGGCGGAGGUGGGGCAUACUGGCAGAGGUGUGUCCAUGGUGUCGCCAUUGGUCGGAGAUGACUUGACAGCAUAGGACAAGACAAGUACAUGGGAUAGUUCCAAAAUCCAAGUGUCUUAUCUGCUGCCUACUUUAGGUUUUUAGGAGCAUGCCCAUGUCUUGAAAAACCAAAGCUGAUAGAUAGGAGGGGUGGUGCGGGUGGAGAUAAUGGGCCCACAUUAGCAUAUAUCAAUAUGUGGGAAGAGGAGGGAUGGAGGAAAGCAGCUUGGAUAGCUGGGAGGGAAAGGGUCCCAGUCGCCGUGAAGCUGCAGUAGUCCAAAUUCCGGAGUUUUCAGGCCUGGUUGUACUUGAGCUAGGACCACCAACCUCUCCGGCUGCUGCCACCAACACCAACAACACUGAGGCGCAGCAGGUUGUAGAAGCAGCCUCAGGUUUGGCCCGUUCAGAAUCACCUGGUAUAGUCACUGCCACUUGGGUGUUGGUGAUAGCAGUGGAAGACUUGCAGUGGUGACAGAGGGUGAGCUCUGGUGUUCAGUCUCGCUGUCUUUUCCUCCUUCUCCAUCUCCCUUCCUCUCCCUUUUCCUCUUCCUCCUUUGCCUCUGUUCUCCGACCCUGCCAACUCUUCGGUGCCACCUGAUUCCCUGGAGGAAAACAGUAUUGUGGCUGCCUUGUUCUAAAGGCCUUGAAUUUUUGCACAAUGGGGAGUAAUUGAAAGCCAGAAUUAUUGUGUUCCUAGCUGUAUGUCUGGAGCUGUAUUUUUUUUUUUCGUUUGUCGUUAAAAAAUGUAGGGUGAAAUUGUCAUUAUAAAAUGUACUGAGUAAUCGAAAGCCAGAAUUAUUGUGUUCCUAGCUGUAUGUCUGGAGCUGUAUUUUUUUUUUCGUUUGUCGUUAAAAAAAUGUAGGGUGAAAUUGUCAUUAUAAAAUGUACUGAAGAACAGAUGUUUUCAGUAUAUUGAGCUGUCUGGUUUUUGAAAACUUUUGAAGUGAAAGACUUGUGUGAGCCUAUCCUGUAAAGCCCUGAAAAUCAUAAAAUGGGUUAACUGUUGUGUGCCUUCAUUUUUAGAUGAUUUCACAACUGCUUCAAAUGAUUAAACAGUGCUUUUCAGA